AUGACAGAAAACGAUGAUUUAUUGGCCAAGAUUGGUCAGCUUGCAGGUAAAGCACUCGAUCUCCGUUUUCUCUCAGCAGUCUUCUCACAGAGCCCAGGUCAAAUCAACAGGCAUAAGACCCAGGGAAACCAGCCGCACCAACCUUCCUCACACCAGUCCCAAUAUGUCUCGCGUCAUGCUCCUGCCCAUCAAGGAUGGGCUCCCUACUCCCGAGGCAGAGGCCGCCGCCCUGCAGCUCCGCACCGGCAUCGCACACUGGUUUUGAACAACGGAGGCUCGGGCUCAAAUGCUAGCGGUACUUCCUCCCCGGGCGCCACAAGUGACAACGAUGGUGAAACGCGUCCGACCCCGACCUCGACCGGAUGGAUUGCGAAGCGCGAUCGGCACAUGCAGCUGAUCAACUCUGCUGUCUACGACAAAGAAACCCAAGCUAGAGCCAAGGCUAUGGAAGAGACUCGCAAGCUCAAGGCACAGCGACGCACUCAACGGGAACAGGCAAAGGUUCUCCGGUAUGCUCAAGGCUCUACAGUAUCAACGCCUGCGCAACCUUCCGCCGAUCACCAAAUUCUUGUCAAUGAUGUCCCAUUCAAGAUAAUGCGCGGAGGAAGCAAGCUAGUUCGAGUAUCAAAUGACCCGAACAAAGCCAAUACCACGCCGAAGCGAGUCACCGUGGCUGGCGUGGCUUUUGUGCGCAGCAAGAACGGCAACCUGCACCGCCUCGGAGCGGUGACAUCGAAGAAACAACCAACAGCGGUCAAGAAACGCGACGAGCUGUGCAAAAGAUUCACAACGACCGGAACAUGUUACAAAGGACCAUCAUGUCUCUACACCCAUGACCCUAACAAAGUGGCGAUAUGCAAAGACUUCCUCCAAACAGGCCAAUGCAGCGCCGGUGAGAGCUGCGAUCUAUCCCAUGAGCCCUCGCCCCACCGCUCCCCAACCUGUAUGCAUUUCCUUAGAGGCCGGUGCUCGAACCCGGAAUGCCGCUACGCACAUAUUCGUACCACACCCGGCGCCCCGGUAUGCCGCGCGUUCGCAACUCUGGGAUACUGCGAGAAAGGCGAGUCCUGCGAAGAGCGCCACGUGCACGAGUGUCCAGACUAUGCCAACACCGGCGUCUGCCACAAGAAACGAUGCAAGUUGCCCCAUGUCGACCGCGCCGGUCAAAUCCGCAAGGCUGCUGCCGCUGCGGCGAAGACUGAGCGCGAUGACGAGUCUGAUCCUUCUAGCGAAGACGAAGAGUACGACGCGAUUGAUUCGGACGACGUUGACUCGGACGAGUUCGACGACGAGCCUGAGCUGAUUGGCGGCGAGGAUAGCGGCGAAAUGUCGCAGCAGCAGGAUUUCAUCCACUUCUAG